AGCUAGUUCAUUCACUCCUAAAAGCUUGCUUGCCAGCUUUAAUUAGCUCAACAAUGGAAACAAAAAUUGUCAAAUUGUCCUUAAUGUUCCUCGUAGCUCUAGCCACAUCCACAGAGGCCUCAAAGUACCAGUUCCAAAAGCCCAAAGAAACCGACAUGGUGUUCUACAUGCAAGACUGGGAGACAACCACCAACCCUACAGUCUUCCCAAUUGCUGGCAUCCCUAACAAGCGGUGGCAGGUCACUAGCUUCGGUACAGUCAUGGCCAUCGAUGACAAGUUGACAGUGGCUAUUGAAAGGAACUCUUCCCAGUUCGGGAGGGCUCAUGGCAUUUAUGUGAACUCGGCAUUGGACGGCGCUGACUUGCACCUGUUGAUGUCAUUUGUGUUCACCAACAAGCGGUACAAUGGUAGCACCCUUGAAAUACAAGGGUCUGACAGGUUUUACCAAAAGUAUAGAGAGGUAUCUGUGGUUUCAGGAACUGGAAUAUUCAGGUUGGCUCGUGGUUUUGCUACUCUAGAGACUGUUUAUCUAGACAUACCCAAAUCCAACGCAAUCAUCAGGUGGAAUGUCACCGUUUUUCACUACUAAGUUGUUCUAGUUGUCAUAACAACUGGUUAGAUCAAGUUUGCAUUUAUACCAAGUACCGAAAAAAGGCUUUUGAUAUGUGGUGUAUUAUAAGUGAGAUUUGACAACAUAUAUUUGUCAUGUUUAUGGUUAUCUGUAACCAUAUUAUAAAAUGAUUGUAAUAUUUUGCUUUGACGAGUGCGAUGAUG